CGCAAACCCCUACCUGUCUCCACCCCACCGCAAACCCCUCCUCCCUUCCCCUUCCAGAUCGCCGCCGCCGCCUCCCCAUCAGCUCCACCGGCGAGCCCUUCCUCACCGCAUCGCCGCCCUCACGCCCAUCCAUGGCAUCCCCCGCGCCCUUCCAUCAACAUCCAUGGCCUCCCCCGCGCCCUUCCUCACCGCAUCGCCACCCCAACCCCCUCCCUUCCUCUCCCCGACGCUCCCCUCGCUCCGGGCCUUCAUCCUCUCCGGCCAGAUCAACCGGGCGCGGCCCCUACCCUAGGCAGGGAGGGCGGAUCGCCGCUGCGCGGGCGCACGGGAAGGGGUGGCGGCGGAAGCGCAUCCCCAAGAUCUAGCCCGUCAAGCACCGUGUUGAAGUCUCUCCUUCGAGGAGCUCUAUGUGCGGGUGUGCGGAGGCGCUAGUGAGGGCGGUGGUGGCCUUAUUCGACGCCUUCCUCGUCGACUGCUUCCUCUUCUGGUUCCGCCGCUCCCGCCCCGGCCCCGACAGCCCCGCCUCCGCCCACCGGGAUCCGCUCGUGCCCAAGGACUGGACAGGGGAGGUGCUCCCGGCCUCGGACGAAGAAAGGUGCCCUGGGUUUCUCGGUCAGAUUUGUGGUUGACCUCUCUGCCGCUGGUUGGAUGUCUGUGUGGUGUUGUUUCAGGUUUUGCAGAGAGCACAUUGUCGAACCAGCAGUUGGCAGAUGGCAAUGACACAUAUGAGGAGCUUAGGCGAGAGAACACUACUUCAGUUAAUACACUAUCCAGUACUGCUAGUUCUCAUCUCGCUUGUUGUGCUUCUUGUACUGGGAGCACUCUUUGUUAUCCCAAGAUCUAACAUCAAAGGCAACAUGGUGAAUCUAGUACAGGCAUCGUUGGCCAUCCUCUUCGAGGCUGUGUUUAGGAUGAGCUGCAGCAGGACAACCUGUAGCAGAAGAACUUCGAGGGCAAGAUCAAGGAGAACCAGGAGACGAUCACCGGUUACCUCAUCCUCGUCGGCAUGGUUGGCUCCUUUGGCAGACCCCUCUUUGGCUCCGACCAACUUACUUUUGUCGCUGGCUAGCAGCAUUUCCAGGUGUUGUGUGUUCUGGAAGAUGGAAGAGGAAGAGGAAGAAAAUUUAUUUUUGUUGAACUAUUUUUUUGUAUUAUGUUUGUUGUACAUAUGAUUUGAUAGUUUUGUAUAGGAACAUGUGAUACUAUUUUGUAGGGAUUUACAGCCUGUGAUGUAAACAUAUUUAGUGAUGAAUUAUGAAAUUAUUUGCAAAAUUUAUCGAAAA